UCUUGUACUGUGACAGUCAUGGCCUACGUCAUCCUGAGCGUUGCUGCGGCUCUGUUCGUUGCUCUCUACUAUUACUUCACGAGAACAUUCAAUUAUUGGAAGGAAAGAAAUGUCGUCGGACCCAAACCACUACCCUUCGUUGGAAACUUAAAGGAUUCUUUCUUUAGAAAGAAAACUGUGAUCAUGGUUUAUAAAGAAAUCUAUGAUAAAUUUCCUAAAGAGAAAGUCGUUGGAAUGUAUAGAAUGACAACACCUUGUUUAUUGAUUCGUGAUUUGGAUAUUGUGAAGAAUAUAUUAAUUAAAGAUUUCGAUUUGUUCCUUGAUAGAGGAGUCGAAUUCAGUGAUGAAGGUCUUGGUGUCAACUUGUUCCAUGCUGAUGGCGACAGAUGGAGAGUUUUAAGAAACCGUUUUACUCCACUCUUCACUUCGGGCAAGCUCAAGAACAUGUUGCGUCUGAUGUCAGAAUGUGGAGACAAAUUUGUAAAUUACGUCGGAGAUGUUACUCAAAAUAAUAUGGAGCAUCGUAUCAAUCUCCUUGUUCAAAGGUUCACAAUGGCUUCCAUUUCGGCUUGUGCCUUCGGUUUGGAUUUAGAUAAGGAUAUGUUGAAAUCUUUACAAGACCUGGAUAAAUUAGUGUUUACCGUAAACUACAGUAUCGAGCUAGAUAUGAUGUAUCCUGGAAUAUUGAAAAAGUUGAAUGGAUCACUCUUUCCAAAGAGUGUAAGUAAAUUUUUCGACGACCUUACUAAAUCUGUUAUCCAACGAAGAGGUGGUAUGCCCACAAACAGAAAGGACUUCAUGGAUUUAAUUUUAGAAUUGAGACAAAGGAGAAAAAUUGAAGCAUCGAAGAGAAACGACGAUGAAGACGUGAAGGUACUUGAACUGACUGACGGCAUAAUUGCUGCGCAGGCGUUUAUAUUCUAUACAGCAGGCUACGAAACCAGCGCAGCGACUAUAGCUUUCAUGUUAUACGAACUGGCGAUGAAUUCUAACAUACAAGACAAACUCAUUGAAGAAAUCGAUGUAGUUCUUAAACGUCACAAUGGUGAAAUAACUUAUGAGUGUUUGAGCGAUAUGCCCUAUUUGGGGCAGACAUUUGAUGAGACUUUGAGAAAAUACCCGGUUGCAGAUCUUUUGUUCCGUAACGCUCAAGUUGACUAUCCCAUCCCGGGCACCGACGUUACUGUCAAAAAAGGGCAAACCGUAAUUAUAUCCGGUUGGGGUAUACAACAUGAUCCGAAAUACUAUCCCAACCCGGACAAAUUUGACCCAGAAAGAUUUAGUCCGGAAAAUGAGAAAAACAGACAUUCCUGCGCUUAUUUACCAUUUGGAGCUGGUCCCAGAAACUGUUUAGGUAUGCGGUUCGCUAAAUGGCAGUCCCAAGUGUGCAUCGUGAAAUUUUUGUCAAACUUCCGCGUGGAACCUUCGAAAAAUACUCCGGUGGACCUCAAAUAUGAUCCCUCGCGUUUAUUUCUCUUACCUUCCGGUGGUAUUAAUUUAAAUGUUGUAAGAAGACAGUCAAAACGAACAAAAAACAAGCCCUAUAGUUUGUCUAAAUAAGAUAUAUUAGUUUGACAAUUCAUUUGAAAUUUAGUAGGGAUGGGUUGUGUAAAAU